GUUCAUUGUUUCGCUUUGCGCUUCCUGCGUUCCGGCUGACGCAAAAAAAAGGAGAAAAUAUUGCGAAAAAAUAUAUUGGAUUUUGGAGACAUACACUUGUUAUGUGUAUAUGUAAAUAUAUAUAUAUAUUAUCAUGUAUUUUUGAGAAAGGAACGCCAUUCGCGGUCACACUGGCAAGCAGAGCGGUCGACUGCGCAGCAAGAAAAACAAUAAACUCAAUAAUAAAUAAAGAAACUUCGAAAAAUAGUAAAUAAAUAAAUGAAAAAAUUACAAUAAUAACACCGACAAGGACCGCACACACACACAAGAAGGAGAGGGAGAGAGAGCAAGAGAAAGCUGCCCCGAAAGUAUGCAACAAAAGGCUGCAAAAAUGUGAAUAACAGUACUUCUACUACUACCAACAACCAUAAGCAACAACAAAAACAGCAGCAUCAUCAUCAUCAUCACACACACGCACGCACGCACAACUUGUUGUUGUUUUUCUUAUAUAAGUGUGUGUGUGUGUGCUGGCUGGCUGGCUGGAUGUGUGUGUGUGUGUGCGUGCGUAGUAGUAAAAAUGUAGUAAUAGUAUAGUAGUUUUCAAAUGCAACAACUACAAAAAAUAAUAAGACAACGAAUCUAAAGGAAAUUUUUUUGAUACCAAACUUUUGUUAACACGAAGAAUCCAACAAAAUAAAAAGAAAGGAAGCAGCUGGCCAAAAAAUAUUUAAAAACUAAAGAGAGAGAGAGAGAAAGAGAGAAGCAUCAACUGAAAAUACAUAUUUGCCUCAAGAAUAAUACCACAAAAGAAGCAAAAAAAAAAAUAAUAAAAUAACAGUAUAAAAAAAGAGCGAGCAAGAGCGAGCGUCCAUCAUCCACCAAUACAAAUGAACAUGCUACACAGUUUCAGUGGAGGCGGCGCCGGCAGCGCUGCCAACGCCUCAGGCGACGCCAACAGCGCCGAGACCGAGCUGAAGGAGCGGCUGAUUGCCAGCGUGAAGAAGGAGGUCAAGCAGCUGAUGGAGGAGGCGGUCACCAAGAAGUACGUCCACGAGGAGAGCAGCUCCGUGACCUCCUUGUGCGGAGCUGUCGAGGCCUGCCUGAGUCACGGCCUCCGUCGGCGGGCCCUGGGCCUCUUCAAGACCUCCUCGACGACGGCGCUGAUCCAGAAGAUAGCCAAGAUCUGCCCAGAGGCGGACUACGUAAGCCGCCGUCUCCUCGAACUGGAACUGGCCCAGGAGAGUCAUGCCGUGAGCGGCAAACGCUCCUCCUCCAGCAGCGACAGCAUCAUCAAGCCGAAGCUCCUGAGCAAGGGCAGCGGGAGCAGCAGUUCGGUGACCACCAUCAAUACGGUUUCCAAUGGCCCGGGCGGGGGCAAUGCCCCCGGCGGUAUGGCCGCUCCACUGGGCAAGUACUUGUGGAUCCGAUUGGCCCUCUACGAGAAGCGUCUGGCCAAGAUCAUUGAGCAUUUGGUGAGCAACGCCAGCAGCUACUACGACCGGGAAGCGCUGGUCGCCGACCCGGACUAUGGCUCCAUACUGAGCUCCCUGCUGGUAGGGCCCUGCGCCCUCGAGUUCACCCGGGCGAAGACUGCCGACCACUAUUGGUCCGAUCCCUGUGCGGAUGAGCUGGUUCAACGUCACAGGAUCAGUUCCGGGAAUAGGACACCGCCCACCUGCCAUCGGCCUAUCAUCAACUUCAAGAGGAGUCUGCACACCAGCUCCGAGGACACCAGCAGUGGUAGCUUCAAGGCCUGCUCGCCGGCGAGCGUGGCCAAGGACUACGUGGAGUCCCUGCACCAAAACUCGCGCACCACUCUCCUCUACGGCAAGAACAACGUCCUGGUGCUGCCCAAGGACGUCUCGGAGCCCAUGCCCGGCUAUCUCAGUCUACACCAGAGCAUCCAGUCGCUAACCAUCAAGUGGACUCCCAAUCAGCUGAUGAAUGGCUACUCCGACGGCGACAACAGCGACAAGAGCUUCUACUGGAGCUACGCCCUCAACAUAAACGUGGACGAGAUCGUGUAUGUCCACUGUCAUCAGAACCGUGGCGGCGACACCGGCGGCACCAUUAUCCUUGUCGGGCAGGACGGCGUCCAGCGGCCACCCAUCCACUUUCCGGAGGGCGGGCAUCUGCAGGCUUUCCUCAGUUGCCUGGAAACCGGUCUCCUGCCCCACGGACAGCUGGAUCCUCCACUUUGGUCGCAGCGCGGCAUCGGGAAGCUCUUCCCCUGGCCCAAGAGCGUGCGGCGCCACAUAUUGCCGUCGGUCAUGGAGGCAGGAUCUUCGAGCCAGGACGAAACGCCCAUCGAUUACGUCUUCCGUGUGGUCAGCAAGAGCCAGCACGAGGAGUUCUUGGCCACUCAUCCCAUUUUGGAACUGGGUCGCUCUAGUCCGCGACGCAAGCACCUGGGCAGCUGCUCCACCACCGGCAGUAGCGACUGCUCCAGUAAGAGCCUCUCCAUCGACCAGAGCACCUGCGAGACGCCGCUGAUGCAGGCCAGCCAAAGCACGAGCAUCGAGCUGGUCUGCUCCACGAUGAGGCGCCAGAUCAUCUCCAGGGCCUUUUACGGAUGGCUGGCCUACUGCCGCCAUCUGUCCACCGUGAGGACACAUCUGUCGGGGCUGGUGAAUGGAAGGAUAAUGCCAGAUUUGGCUGCGGAUGAGGAGGGUCUGACCAGGGACAAGUGGCUGGCCAUGCACGAGGAUGGAGUGGUCACCAGCGAACUGGAGUUCUAUCGCCUGGUCUACUUCGGUGGCGUGGAGCCGGACCUCAGGAAGGACGUGUGGCCCUAUCUCCUGGGACACUACGCCUUCGGCUCGACCCCUGAGGACCGGAAGAAGCAGGACGAGACCUGCAAGCACUACUACGAGACCACAAUGAGCGAGUGGCUGGCCGUGGAGGCCAUUGUGCGUCAGCGGGAGAAGGAGAAGACGGCCCUGGCCGUGGCCAAGCUAAGUGCCGAGCAGGCCCGGCAGGCGGCCAAGACCGCCAACUCCCUUAAUCCCCACCAGAAACUCACCAAUGGUUGCCGUCAAUUCGAUCUGGAGCAGGAUCGGGGGAACGUCCACCACGAAGGCGACGAGGACGAUAUAAACCUAGUCCUGGACGAGGGAGAAAAUGAUGUUUUCGACGACAAUGACUUCUCGGAUAUAUCCGAUCCGGGAGACCUAUUUGAUGAGCCCGAACUGGGCAAGGAGGCGGAAGAAGAUGAAGAAGAACUGAAGCCCAAGAAGAAGGACUCCGAGGCAAACGAAGAUAAGGCAGAAGAGAAGCCAGAUCCGGAUAAUCCGGAGGAGGAACGUGUCAUCCCCCAGCUUAGCGAGCAACUGGUAUUGGAGUUCCAAAACAUCGACAACAUGGAGCCUCUGCGGCUCCAGGAGAACUGCUUUGCCGACUCCGAGACCGAGAACGAACUGGGCCUGAGCCUGGACGGCAGUGGCAACAUCCUGAUGCUGAGCAUCAAGUCCUCCCCAUCCACCAGCAGCUACGAAACGGUCGGAAACGAGUUUGCGGACCUCGUCGAGGGCAAGCUUACCGAGGAGGAGGAGCCUUUGGGUCAACUGAGCAAGUUCCACAGCGCCGACGACGUGCGACUGGACGCCCAGGAGGACCUUGAGCCGGAGGAGGAGUCCAGCCAGCCGGCCACGGCGGUCAUCAUCACGGAGGCCGCAUCCCUGGACGCUUUGGACGACGAUCUCACCGAGGAGUUCACUUCGCGUAAGACCAGUCUGAUGUCGCCUCUGAACGAAGACAUCACCGUGGUGGCUUCGCUGGACGCCCUGCAGGAGCCCAAGUCCGCCUGCGUCUCCCCGGCCAGCUCCAAUGGCGGCGUCUACAGCGUGGAGCUCCUGGAGCAGUUCGGCCUAAAUCUGCACCGGAUCGAGAAGGAUGUCCAGCGAUGUGACAGGAACUACUGGUACUUUGCCAACGAGAACCUGGACAAGCUGCGGAACGUGAUCUCCACGUACGUGUGGGAGCACCUGGACGUGGGCUACAUGCAGGGCAUGUGCGACCUGGUGGCGCCGCUCCUGGUCAUCUUCGACGACGAGUCCCUCAGCUACAGCUGCUUCUGCAAGCUCAUGGAGCGAAUGAUCGAGAACUUUCCCAGUGGCGGGGCCAUGGACAUGCACUUUGCCAACAUGAGGUCCCUCAUCCAGAUCCUCGACUCGGAGAUGUACGACCUGAUGGACUCGAAUGGGGACUACACGCACUUCUACUUCUGCUACCGCUGGUUCCUGCUCGACUUCAAGCGGGAGCUCGUCUACGACGACGUCUUCGCCACCUGGGAGGUGAUCUGGGCGGCCAAGCACAUCGCCUCCGGGCACUUUGUCCUCUUCCUGGCCCUGGCCCUGCUAGAGACCUACCGCGACAUCAUCCUCUCGAAUAGCAUGGACUUUACCGAUGUCAUCAAGUUUUUCAAUGAAAUGGCUGAACGUCAUAAUGCCCAAUCGAUUCUGCAGUUGUCCCGGAGUCUAGUCCUUCAGUUGCAGACCAUCAUUGAGAAUAAGUAAGAAGGAUAGGAGGAGCAUGUCCUGGAGGAGGAGUGGACCGUACUUCCCGAUCAGUAUUGAGCAUGAGAUGUAUCUACGAAUUAGAGAGCACCUAGAGAUCCAUUUAGAAAUCGCUUAGAGAUACAUGUCACCUGCACCCCUUAGAGAAUGCAAUUUUUAGAAGAGGCUCUUGCAGGAGUAGUUUUUUUUAUAGGUUUUCUUAAUUUUAAUUUCAAUUUUUUUAUGUGGAAACGGCUGGGAAUCGCUUAGAGAAACAAAAUAAAUAAAAAAUAAAUGAAAUUUUAGGCAAAAAUUUAAGGAAAUUAAGGAAAUUGUAGUGACCUGAGAAAACAAAAAGGAAAUCGAACAACGUAACAGAUACUAUUUAUACUUAUACAUUAUACUAUGUAUCUAUAUAUAUAUGGAUAUGGAUAUACCGAUUAUAUAAUAUAUAUAUACACUGUGAGAGAAAAACAUAAAUCCUUAAAAACGAAAUCCCAUAUAGAGGCAGUUACAAUUUAUACGUUUUGUAUAAUCGAUAAAGUUCGAUAGAAUCGAUUUAUGAAAGAGAGGAUCUUGAGAAGAGGAUCAUGUAUUGGAUAUUUGUAUUAGAUAUCAUCUAUAUACAUAUUUAUAUAUUUAUAUGGAUAGCAAUGCUGUGCGGUUGCGAAUGCAGCCAAAACUGUUGUUAAUGUUAUGUUAUCGAUUUGGCAAUUAAUCAGAUAUAUAUAUUUAAAAUAUAUAUUAUAUACAAACACACACAAACACACACUCGGAGAUAUUCAAUUGCAAUUAUUUUUUUUUUUUUAGCUUAAAGCAGUGGGAAAAGUCACUAGCCCAGCAGGUGGAUCCUGUCAGGGCGUUAUCUAUAUAUUAUAGAUCCGACACAGGCAUAAUAAACUUAAUAGAGUUGUGGUUUUCAGUUCAAUUGGAAUAAAUAAAAUAUUAAUAUAUAUAUUAAACAGCAAAUAUUUAUAAAUAUAUAUAUAUAUUAUAUACCCAAAGGAACAUAUAUUAUAGAGGGGAGAAUGUGUUAACUGUAUUGUUAUAACCGCCACUGUUUAUUCUGUCAAAUCUCAGGCCAAGUUCUCGAGUUUCUAUUGCCAAUUUAUUUUGUUCAGUGUUGUUUUUUUGGUAAGUGCAGGCGCACCAAAAAAUCCCUCCACUGGGUCUACAUACGACAUGGCUAUAAUGCUAUACACUAUAUAUUAUAUACUAUAUUGUACGAUAUAUAGAGCAGAUAUAUCUAAGUUAUUGCGAGUAGCACGCUUUUUGUGUAUAGAAACGAAAAAAAAACCAGAAAACUAAAAACAAAAAAAACUUAAUGUGAUUUCUUGUUGCUUCUUUGAAUAUUGAUAUUUUUGUAAGCGCUAAAAAAAAAAAACAGUUUAUAUAUAUACACAUAGAGAAACGAGUUGAGUUUUUGGCAGGCAACAGACCGUUAGAGAGAGAUAUAGAAGAUAUAUUUUACACAAGGGCGAUGGGGAUCGGAGAGGAAAAAAGGAAUAUGAAUUAGUCAAGUCCAAGCGAACAUUUUUGGCCACACUUUUGAUACACAUAUUCGAAAAAAACUAUAAAAACUUGAAACUAUAAAAAAUAAAUGAAUUCACAGAAAAUAUUGGAGUACAUUGGGCCAUAAAGAACAACAUAAAAUUGUAUCGUAAUCAAGCUAAGCUAAAAUAUAUAUAAUAUUAUAUAUAUAUAUAUAUUUAUAUACCCGUCUGUGUAGAGACGCCACCUAUAGAGCCCGAGCAUAUAGUAUAUUACGUUAAACCACGAUUGUAACCACAUAUAGCAUAUUACAUGAAUAUUACGGAUAUCCUAUGUUCUGAGUGACACCAAAAAGAGUCCCAUAAAAUCAAAGGAUACACAUGACAAAAAAAAACCAGAGAGAUCAAUGUUUAAUUUACUGAAGACAUCAACAUGAAAGCAUGAAAUAAAGAGGAAUUAUGUAAAAU